CAUUCAUCACCUUUGUUGCACCCGUCGAUGCGCUGCGUAGGUCACAGAUAGACCCAACGCCAGCAACAUCUUAUUAGACUUGCACCGAAAUGACUCUUCUGGGCCAGCGCCCGCAGCUGGGCGCUCGUGAGGCCACGUCUUCUUCUCAGCGCAAGCUGGUGGCGCCGUGCGCUCAGCGGGCCGCUCGCGCUGCCUUCGGCCGCGCUUUCGUCCCCGUCCGGGCAACCGCGACCCUCGAUAGCUCUGCCGCUACUCGUAGCGCCAGCGCGGGCUCUGCGCAUCAUGCAUCCUCGGGCGCUGCGACCAGUGCCAGUGGCGCCAGCGCUGACGCCGGCUUCCAAAAGUUCCUGGAUGCCGUGAAGAGCGGAGCCAACCUGGUUCCCCUCAGCCAACGCAUUUUCUCGGACCACCUGACCCCCGUCUCCGCCUACCGCUGCCUGGUCCCCGAGGGCGACAGCCAGCUUCCCUCGUUCCUGCUGGAGAGCGUGGUCAACGGCGACCAGCAGGGCCGCUACAGCUUCCUUGGAUCCAGCCCCGCCCUGGAGGUGGUGGCCACGCAGGACCGUGUCGUGCUGCUGGAUCACGACAAGGGCAGCCGUACAGUCACCAGCAUGGCAGACCCCAUGCAGCUGCCCGAGGAGAUCAGCCGCAACUGGCGGCCGGCGGCGGUGGACGGCAUCCCCAACGUGUUCACGGGGGGCUGGGUGGGCUACGCCGGGUACGACACGGUGCGGUACGUGUACGGCAGCAAGCUGCCCUUCGACGGCGCGCCCGAGGACGACCGGCGUCUGCCCGACAUGCACCUGGCGCUGUACUACGACGUGGUGGUGUUCGACCAGGCCACCAAGAUCGCAUACCCCAUCGCCUGGGUGCCCGUGGGGGAGCAGGAGGCGUCGGACCCCGCCGCGCUGCGGUCCGCCUACGAGGCGGGUCAGAGCCGACUGGCCGCACUCACAGCCAAGCUGGCGGCGGGACCGGUGGCGGGAGCAGGCGGCCUGCUGCCUGGCGCCAUCAGCCUGGACCUCAACAGGCGGCCCGAGGCGCCCGGCAACUCGAACAUGACCAAGCAGGAGUUCAUGGACGCGGUGGGCGCCACCAAGGAGCACAUCCAGGCCGGCGACAUCUUCCAGCUGGUGCUCAGCCAGCGCUUCGAGCGCCGCACCUUCGCCACGCCCUUUGAGAUCUACCGCGCGCUGCGGGUGGUCAACCCCUCGCCCUACAUGGUCUACAUGCAGGCUCGCGGCUGCCACAUCGUGAGCAGCUCUCCGGAGAUCCUGUGCCGCGUGGACAACAGCCGGGUGGUCACCAACAGGCCGCUGGCGGGCACACGCGCGCGCGGCAAGGACCCGCAGGCGGACAAGGCGCUGGAGGCCGACCUGCUUGCGGACCAGAAGGAGAUCGCGGAGCACGUCAUGCUGGUGGACCUGGGGCGGAACGACGUGGGCAAGGUGGCUGUGUCCGGCAGUGUGGUGGUCCAGAAGCUGAUGGAGGUGGAGCGCUACAGCCACGUCAUGCACAUCUCCUCCACCGUCACCGGCGAGCUACUGCCGCAGCUGGACAGCUGGGACGCGCUGCGGGCGGCGCUGCCGGCGGGGACUGUCAGCGGGGCGCCCAAGGUCCGCGCCAUGCAGAUCAUUGACGAGCUGGAGGUCAACAAGCGCGGCCCCUACGGCGGCGGCGUCGGCCACGUGUCCUUCACAGGCGCCAUGGACAUGGCACUGGGCCUGCGCACCAUGAUCAUCCCCGACGCCGCCGCCGACACGCUGUACAAGUACACAUCAACACCCGCCGCACCGGGCGCGCCGCCGCGCCGCGAGUGGAGCGUGCACAUUCAGGCGGGCGCGGGCAUUGUGGCGGACUCCAAACCCGAGGCCGAGUAUGAGGAGACCGUCAACAAGGCGGCGGCGCUGGGGCGCGCGGUGGACCUGGCGGAGCAGGCCUUUGUGGCGGACGGCCGGACGUCGGCGUGAGCGGGAAGAGGAGCGCGGAGGAGGAGGUGGAGGAGGAGGAGGCGGUGAAUGUGGUGGCGCGGCUGUGUGUUUUACGGUGGUGAAGGGAGAUGGGAGAUGGUGGAUUGGUGGAGUUGUGGUGGUGGUGGCACUGUGACUGGGGCACUGGUGGAGCGAUGAGUGUGGGGCGCGAGAGAGAGUGUGGGUGUGUGAGGGGUGACUUAGGGCGAGGGCGGGAGUAGGCUGUGGGUGGCAGGGGGAGGGGCGGCUGCAGGAGCCCCCGGGGUGCAGGCGGGUCGUGAGCAGCGGCAGGCGCGGGGGAGGCACGGGGCGUACGGGCUUCUUGCGGGGGCGGGGCCGGAAAGGCCGACGUGGCAUAAGAAGAACGCUACCGGCACGGUGAGGAGGAGGGAAGUGUCAUUGAACUUGGCGGGUUAGCAGGAGGCUCAUGGGCACGGCGGCGGCGGUGGUGGUGGUUGCGGCCUGGGCCUGUUGGUGCGUGUGGGUGUGGGUGCGACGACAUGUGUGUGCGCUCGCUUGCGGCCCCCACCCCCCAGGAGGGGGCACAGGGCUUGAGGUGGCGGGCGGCGCGACCCGAGGCUGUUAGGGAUGCGUAGAGACUUGAGGUUGCGUUUCUGCGUGCGCAGGGGGUGGCCCCCACCCCUGUGUUGUGAUGUGAGAGUUAUGCGGGCUAGGGUGUCGGCAAUGGGAUGAUUGAGCCCUGUCCAUGUGCGCCGCGUCCCCGGCGUGCGGGAUGGAAGGUGCAGUGGUGCAGCUCUUGACAGGGACUCUGAAGGCGUGCCAUUCUGUCUCACGGCAC